CUUGCAUCGCUUGCAUCGAUUGACUCGCCUCGACAUCCCCACUUUGAUGAUGUCAUCCUGCUUUUGCAUUAUGGACAAGAACAAUAAGUAGACCACCUUGGUCCCCAAUUUGAUCGUGGAAUCAAUUUCCAUUUUCAAUCUCAUUCAUAAUUUCGCUAAUCGCAAUGGCUGCCCCGAGAACCGUGCCCAUCUACCACUACUUCGACCUUGGCCGCCUGGGCCGCGGAGAAGUAGUUAAGCUGUUCCUCAUGGACGCGGGAAUCGACAUCAAAGAGAUUCGCUAUCCAUACGACGAGACCUGGUCUGAGAACAGUAAGAAGCUUCAGCAGCAGGGACUCACCAGGACACGCAAAUUGCCGUCAUUGGAGUACCAGGACUUGAUUCUGAGCCAGCACAUUCCCAUCUUGCGUUUCUUUGCCCGGGACUUGGGUCGCUACGAUGGCGAAACUAAUGCAGAGAAAUUCUUGGUUGAUGCGGUGUCGGACAUUUAUAUUGACUGGAGGUCUCAAUGGGUGGCGAAUCUGACGGAAAAGUCAGAAAAGUACAAGAAUGAGGUCGCCCCCGAUUACUAUAAUCUUCUUGAUCAGUACUACAGGGACCAUUCUGGCCCUUACCUGCUGGGCAACUCAGUUACCUAUGCCGACUUUGCCGUCUACCAAUCCAUUGAUAACGACGAGAGAACAGGAACACUUCCACCAUCUCUCCCAGAGUCUCUGCUCAAGUUCAGAGAAGCUUUCGAGCAGCGUCCCAAUAUUGCGGCAUACGUGAAGGAGACACGACAGGGCUAGGAUCUAGCUUCACCGAGCUCAGAAGCAUCCAUGCUCAGAUACAGUGAUUCUCGAAAUUGCCUUGACAAGUAUGCACUGAGACUCU